UUUGUGGCGCACCCGCAGUGCCAAGCCCAGAUAGGAGAGAUGUGGUACAGUGGGGUGCCCUUUCUGAGGUACCUCAACCGCUUUGCUUACCUGGUGUUGGCCAUCCCCAUUGGCCUGGUCUGCUGUCCGAUUCUCUCCAUGAUUUAUCUCAUCUCCCCGUGGUCCAAGGUGUCGCGGAUCGUCAACACGCCACUGAUGAAGUUCCUGUCUUACACCUGCUCCUACCUGACCUUUCUAAUUCUAACGAUCGUGGUCAAGCUGUACCUGCGCCACGACAUCGACACGUUCACCUGUGACAAGCCGGAGACAUUCGCAUACAUCGUCAUCAUCAUCAUCUUCAUGUGGAUAUUCGGUUUCAUCUUCGAGGAGUGCAAGCAGAUAUUUGCUGCUGGAGCCAGAGACUACUUCGCCUCCUUCUGGAACAUCAUCGACAGUCUGAUGCUGAGCUUCCUCUUGGCCUCCUUUCGUCCUGGAGCUGUUGUCUGGGACCCAGAUUGGGUACCUGACCCAGAACUCCUGUCUGACGUCUUGUUCAGCCUGGGCAUUAUCUUCAGCAUUAGCAGGUUCUCGUUCAUCAUGCCGGCCAACGAAGCCCUGGGAACCAUGCUUGUCUCGUUCAGGCGCACAGUUUCAGACAUCGUAAAGAUCUUCGGCAUGUUCAUCCUGGUCUUGAUCGCUUUCACCUGUGGCAUAGCAGCCCUGUAUGCUCCCAUCAGGUGUUACACUGGGCAUUUUGACAGUUUUUCUUCCACGUUGUCAACCUUGACCUGGAGUAUGUUUGGAAUGGGGUCGGUGGAUGUGCCCUCCCUGAAGAAAGAUAUGACAGGUCCAGUGUCUUCCCUCACCAACAACGUGGAACUGUCAAAGGGUGCAGCACAGGUGGGAAAUUACCUGUAUGGCAUCUACGUGUUCUGUACAGCCGUUGUCAUGCUCAACCUUCUCAUCGCUGUCAUGUCCAACACCUUCCAGGAAGUCCAGGACGAGCGAGACGUGGAGUGGAAGUUCAUUAGAACCGAACUGUGGUUGAAUUUCAUCGAACCGGGGACACCCGUGCCGCCCCCUUUCAACAUAGUCCCCAGCCCACGCCACCUGUGGCGGGCUAUCAUGUGGAUGUGUCGGAGGUCGAAGUUCAGGCACUGUCUUCCGCACGGAGGGAAGAAGGUUCGAUACGCCGCAGUCCAG